GCAGUACAUUAUGAUUCCGCCGCACCCUGGCAUGAUGCCUGGCAUGGUGUACGCCUAUGCACCGCCGCCGCCAGGCCAAGGUUUGAUUAAAUUCGCGCACCUGACACUUGCCCGCGCUGAUUCACUCAUCCGCCAGUGCUUCCCUACCCGCCGUAUCCUGCGCCUCCGCAAGUUUCUACCGUAGCGUCACGCCCCAAGCGCAAGCAAGUCAAGAUGGCGUGCACGAACUGCGCCGCCGCCUGCAAACGCUGCGACGACAGCAGGCCCUGCGAGCGCUGCCAAAAGUACGGUCUGGCAGACAGCUGCGUCGACGGGCAGAGGAAGGAGCGCAAGAAAGGAAUCAAGCGAGGACCUUAUAAGCGCAAGGCCAAGCCGGCCAAUGGCGAAGGCAUCCCCGCUAGCCCUAGUGCCGCUGGAGAAGGAGAAGCCAGUGCGGUCUCAGCACCAUACGCGGCACCACCGCCACCUGAGGCUUACUACCCCUAUUACUAUCCCCACGCAGCCUUCGCUCCCCCGCCUCACGAUGGCCCAUCUCACGGCGAAGGUUCUACGAACGGCAACACGCACCCGAUGCACCAGACCUACUUCCCUCUGCACCCUGCGGUCUACCCGCAGUACACUCCGUACGCGCACGCGCCGCCGGUCCCCUACGCAGCCCCGCCCGCCGUCAUCUCGCCCCCGCCCGCAGACGCAAACACGAAGUCGCCCCGGGCUGGCCACGAGAGCGGCGCCGAGUCCGUCAGCAAGGGCAAGAAGAAGGCGCGUGCGAAGACCGGCGAGAGUCCGGCGAAAGGGAAGACGGCUACGAACGAGGCCAACGGGACAAACGGAACCAAUGGAACCAACGGCGUCGAGGCACACGGCAAUGCGACCAACGGAUUUCAAACCACCGCGGGCCAGCCGUCCUACGACCUCCCUGGCGCGGGCUCUGGGAAUGAUGGGCACAUGGUACCCUCUGUCUAGAUACUCUCAUGACAGGGUAUUUUAUAAAUUGCAGGCCCACUUCGUCCCUGGUAUACCCUUCAUCGUCUCAUUGUCGCCACGCGCAGACGUCCGUGGCAUCGUGCUUCCAUUGGACCGUCACCCGCCAAACGUCUGCCCGGUUUCUCGUCUCGUGUUCCGUUAUCUUUCUCAUCGCGUCGUCUCUUGCUUCUUCAUCCCCCACCUCCGACGCUAUCCGCUGUGCUUUUUGGCCACAAACAGGGACCUCAGUUGCUGUUUGCGUGCCCAAUGGCCACGGAUAUCGUGUGGACCGUUCUGCUGUAGCAAGCGGGCUGCAUGGACACGCCUCUUGUCUUGUUGGAGUGACAUGUUUCAUGAAUGCUCCAUGCCCCUGGCUUGCGACGGCUCCCUAGAAUAUAUCCUGUGCUUCUCUUCGGCUCAUAUGUCUGAUUUUUUCUCGCGCCUGGUGUUCACAUGUGAGAUUGAUCUAUGCCCCAUCCUUGAUUUUCUUCUGUACUUGUCCCCCGCCUCUCGCGCCUGUCAACCGC